AUGAAUAGUAUCGAAUAAAAUUUAUUGAAUUCGCCCAUCGCCAUUCAACAUAAAAAUCAUAAGAUAUUUCUAGCAAUGUCAGAUUAUAUUUCAAAAAACCAGAGCAGAACGAAUCCUUACUUGUUUUCGGAUGAAUCACAAGGAUUCAUACAAUCAACUCAACAAGCGACGAAUAAUCCAAAUCUUUCUGAUUUCUUCCGGCCCAAUGAUGAUGAUAGAUCUUAUAAUGAACCACCAUCACCAAUCGCAACAUUGGAUGAUCAAUCAAUCUAUAAAGUUCAUGAUUUAGAUUAUCCAAUAGGAAACAAACAGGUUGGUAUCGUCAAUCCAUCGAGACCUACAUCAGCAUCGAAAGAUGAAGCAUUGAUUGAAAAUUCUCGCUCAAAUAUAUUAUCAAUAAUUUCUUUGUUGAACGAAUAUGUUAUUAGUCAUCCAUUUAUGGUUGUUCGUAGACAAGCUCAGGUAAACAACCGAAGUCAAGCCUACCAUUUGACACCGUUCACUGUGAUACCAUUCAUGUUGCGAUUACAGAAUAAACAAGGCAUCUCUACAUUUUUCAAAGGAUUACCUACUAUACUAAUCAAUCAUGUUCUUCUUGUUGGAUCCGAAUCAUUCAUUUAUAACCUGUUGCAAUUUCCAAUUGAAUUUGAUUUUGGCUCGAUGGCCAGCCUGUUAUCGUUACGUUUUGUUAAACAUCUAGCAUUGAAAAGUCUUGCCAUACUGAUUGUAACACCAUUCUACUGUUCAAGUAGUAUUGAAAUGGUACAAUCAUGGAUCGUUGGUGAAUCGCCAUAUCCAUUGGAACACAUCAAAGAAGGUUUAUUACGGAUCGUACAUUUUCGUAAGGACAGAAAAUUACCCAUCUAUCGAUUGGUUGGCCCCAGCAUUCUAUACCAUCUUUGUUACUAUGUUCUACAUUCAUUAAUCCGUCAGGCUAUACUUCGAUACUAUUUUGAUGGUGAUGGUGAUAUCGAUAUUCAAAAGAAAUUGAAAUUGAAAACCGUUCCAAGCGAAUAUCAAUUACAACAAUCCCAAAUAUAUGAUGAAUCAUACCCAAGCCAUUUGGUGAUGACCGAUACGAUUCAAUUGAAAAAAAUAUCUGAUAACACUUUAAUGAAUGAAUUGAAAAGCUCAUUCUAUGCUCAUAUAUUGACAGACAUUAUAAUGUAUCCAUUUCAAAAUAUUCUCUACCGAUUAUUUCUGCAAGGAACACGAACAUUAAUCGACAACGUGGAUGGACGUACGGCAGUUAUACCAUUGAUAACUAAUUAUGAUUCAGCAACAGAUUGUUAUCAAUCGAUUAUACAGCAAGAAGGAACUAGUGGCCUAUUCAAAGGUUUUGGUGCUUUAAUAUUACAAUAUACCGUACAAGCAUCAAUCAUUCAUCUGACUACCUAUUGUAUCGAUAUGAUUUUGAACAAUUAAUUAGUUACAUUAUCGGGAAAACGAAAAGAAACAUGUUAUUUAUUGUCAGUGAUAGUCGAUAAUAAAUGAGGAAAAAUUCAUGAAAAUUUGGUAUGUUUAUUCAGUUUUUUCGUUGAAGAAUUGAUUAAAUUUUUUUGCCUUUCUUUCGA